AUGAGUCAGGCGCCGUUCCAAGCGGAAUCUGAUUCUUUAGGAUCGCUGCUGCAGGUCCAAUCUAUUCCAGACCAGCCAACUACCCCCAACAUACCGAAUGGAGGCGGCUCCAACAGUAAUGGCCCCAGCAGACAAAAGAGGAACUCUCUAGCUUGUAUCAGAUGCCGUACGAGGCAUAUCAGGUGCCCCGGGGGAAACCCCUGUAAGAAAUGUCAAUUGGCUAGGGCCAAAUGUGAAUACGUAGAAGCUGACAAGAAGAUCGUGGUGUCUAUGAAGUAUCUCAGCAAAUUGCAUGAUGAUAUCUCUCGCUUGAAGAAAGACAACGCUACUCUAAGAAAUAACUUGAAGCAAGAAAAGGUAAGAGUAUCGGGUUCGGGGACAAGUGUGGGCCCCGAUGGAACGGCCGUAGAUCUGAUAGGAGGCGAUGGCGGACUAGUACCGGUGCAUAGUGCUGGUACGUCAUAUAUGGGAGGUCGUACUAACCCAUCAUUUAACAAUGGAGAUUCUUCCCGAUUCAGCUCGACUUUUGGCUCAAAUCAGAACUUCUCUGUGGGUAUUGGUGGGCCAUCAUCCUCCUCCUCGUCGGGCAACUUCACAGAAGUCAUUCACCCUUCACUUGAUAAACAUGGGAGACUCAUACAGUCGCGUACGGGUGAGAAGCUCUAUGUGGGAUCUUCUUCGAUGACAUUGUUCGGCUUGGAGAUUCAAAAUAUGGUUCCAAGUUUCAGUAGUUCAAGACUAUUUCCUAGCAUAAGCAGUAAGACCAAUAGUCCUGUUCACACCCCGGGAAGCGUCUCCAGCAGCACGAGUUCGAUUCCGAAUUCUUCUACUGGUACAGGCUCCAGCGUUUCCAAAAGAGAAACAAAGAUUCUUGAAAAGGAAGGUAACGCAUACAAGAUCACCCUUGCCAAGACCAAUACCCGUCCUGGUGUGUCUAUCAAUUUCUCCCUUCCGUCGUAUUCAUAUGCAAUGCUUCUUGUAGAUACAUUCGUCAACUAUAAUGAUGGAUGUUUCUACUUUUUCAAUGAAGGUUUGGUGAAGAAGUUCUUGACUAAUUUGUACGCAGGGAAAAUGGAAGAAAACAAAAGAAUCUUAAAAAGAAACAUAUCACCAAAUAAGGGACCUGCAGUGGAUGAAAAUACAAUCAAGAAGGAUACCGAUGACGAUACAAUAUUGGAGACAGUGUGGUUCUGUAAGGUACUCUUGAUUUUUGCAACUGGGGAAAUGUACUUAGGAACUGAGAGUGAUGUACAUAGAAAGAAUAGAAAAGCAAAUGUUUCCUCAAGCGGAUCACAAGAAAGGGCCAAUAAUAGUAACCAAUCUGGAUCUGGAUCAUCGGCAUCUAGCGGCUCCAAGGGUGCCCCCAAGUCCAACUCCAGUUCCCACCCACAUAACUCAGGAAGCACAAGCAAAAAUACCCUUCCUGGUGCUGGAUUCUUCUAUCAAGCAUCUGAACUUUUCACAGGUUUAUUUGCUUCCGGAGCUAUAGACAACACAGUGAAAGAUGGGGGUAUUGAGGUUAUGCUACUUUAUGCAUUCUACCUUCAAGUUGCGGACUGUACUAUUGCAUCGUACUUCUACUUUGGUUUAGCUCUCAGAUCUACCCUUAUUCUUGGCUGGCACGUCGACGCUGAUAGUGAGAAUUUAAAUCGAUUUGAACUUGAGCAUCGAAGACGUAUAUGGUGGACUGUAUACAUGUAUGAGCGAAUGCUUUCUCUGAAGGCAGGGUUACCACUUAGUUUUGCAGAUGACAGUGUCUCAACUGAAUUCCCAGUCGAUAUCAGUAUGGCAUUGGAUGAUUUUCCCAAGGAUGAAAAUGACGUACGUGGAUUCUUUGUAUUCCCACCUGCUGAAUAUAUCAAUAACUGUGUAAUAAUCACUCAGAUAAAUGCCAUGAUUUUACUGUCGUUAUAUACAAAGCAACCAACUAUUAACAUUUUACCUGUGGUUUCUGACUUAGUCCAAAAAUUAAUGACCUGGAAAACUGCCUUGCCUGAAUUUUUGAAGGUAGACUUCCAAGGUACUGGUCCUUCAGGAGAAGAGGACAAUUUGAAAGUUUCUCGUCUUGUAGUAAAUCUCAUGACGGAAUACUUUCAAGGUAUCAAUCUUGCAGUGAGACCCUUACUUUUCCAUUUUGCUACCAAGAAGUUGAAGGAAUUGCAGCAACAGGAAAAUUCCAAUAAAUAUGUCGAUUUGACCAAAUAUCUGAAAAACGUGCUCACGUUGCUCAAUGCCAGUUUUCAAGCGCUGAUAAAUUCUAUUAGGUGUAUCUGGGCGCUUGUACCAGAAAACAUGGUUGCUCUUUUUGGUUGGAUGGAUAGGGAAUAUUUAUUCACUUCAGCAUCGACUUUAAUAUUGUUUAAUGCUAGUUUUGGUGUUCAUGAUGCAACUAAGGAUCACUUAGAUCAUGCUUUAACGAUAUUUACCAAGAUGAAAAGAUUAGGCAACUAUCCAGCUGCUUUGAGAAGAUCGCAAUUGUUAAAGUUAAUCAGUGUAUUAGAUUUCAAUGGGGUCAUGCAAGAUCUAUUAAAGAAACAUGAUGACGAAGGGAUAUAUACAAACGAAGAAGGUAUAAGCGAAAAUUACGAAGGUGUUGGUUCACUUUCUUCUAUGCCAUCUGGUGGCUUGGAUUUCUCAGCAUUUCAAGGAGCUGAUUCUGAGCCUCAUGCUCAAUUUCAACUGCAAGAAUCUGGUGUAUAUCCAGAUCAAGGCAUAAUCCGUGAUAUUCCCGAGAGUCUUGAGAUGGAAAUCGAGCCAUCAGUUCAACCGACGAAUGGACCUCCAAAUUUCUCCAACGGCGGAAUAAACUACUCACAGGGAAUGGGAAGCGGCAAUGGAAUUAAUGAUCAUGCUCAAAGCUUUGGAGGUGGAGACGUUUACAUGAACUCCGACCUUGCUGGAAUCGAAGGUGUGACGUAUCUCGAUGAAGAGCAAAAGCUUUGGAAUGAGAUCACUAACGAUGCAGUUUGGUUGAACAUGCCUGGCAAUUCUCAUAAUCAAUCAUCUCAAAAUAUUGCCGAAGAAUUUGGACAUAUGCAGCAGAAUCAGAAUCAGAAUCAGUCUCAAGGUAAGGACUUUGGAGGCACAAUAAUCACAAACAAUGAGCAUCAAGGAAUAUAUGGUGGCCAUGAUGACGGUGGAUACAGUGACAUAAUAAACCAAGAAUUUCAGUCUAUUUAG